GUGUAUUUGUUUGAGAGUAAGAGUCAGUGCAUUGGAAACAACACUAAUGUAUGCAAUGAUUGACUCAAUACUACUCUCUGUGCAGACAUUUCUCAAUACAAUACAGUAUACUAUAGUCUAUACUAUAGACUAAUAUUAAUAUAAACUGAAUAACAAUAUACAGACAGACAGACAACACACACGACAUCAAAAACAAUUGCAUUUUAUUGUUGUUUGUCUUAACCAUCAUUUACUGCCAUCACAACCAACGGAUCCAUUCAUCAAUACAUUCAUUCAUUUCAGUGAUUGUUAAGUGUUUUAAUCUGUGUUGACUCUUCUGCGGUGAUAAAUAGCGAAGAAGACAUUUGAAGACCAAAUUGAUUGUCUGAUUGAUUGAUUGAUUUUGUUGUUGUUAUUAUUGUUUGUGUUGUUUACCGUCAUCUAAGACCCGAUGUCAACACCAGCUCGAAGACGAUUAAUGAGAGACUUUAAAAGACUACAAGAGGAUCCACCGGCGGGUGUGAGCGGAGCGCCAACCGAUAACAAUAUAAUGCUAUGGAAUGCAGUCAUAUUCGGUCCUCGUGACACUCCCUUCGAAGACGGGACUUUUAAAUUGACCCUCGAAUUUACCGAAGAAUACCCAAACAAACCGCCAACGGUUCGGUUUGUGUCGAAAAUGUUUCACCCGAACGUUUAUGCCGACGGAAGUAUUUGUUUAGAUAUACUACAGAACCGUUGGAGUCCUACUUAUGACGUGUCAGCGAUACUGACAUCAAUACAGUCACUAUUGGACGAACCGAAUCCCAACAGUCCGGCUAACAGUUUGGCCGCACAGCUCUAUCAGGAGAACCGACGCGARUACGAGAAACGGGUGGCCGCUAUCGUCGAACAGAGUUGGCUUAACUUUAGCGAAGACGAGGAAAAGGAGACCAAAAAGGAGUCUUAAUGUCUACUCAAACCAUAUAUGUGUUUGAGAUUAACACCAGUAUAUAAAUAUAUAUUAUAAAUAUAUAUAUAUUG